CAUCGUGUGCAGCUGAUCCCAGAAGUAAUCAUGUUUGCAAAGAUCGCCAUCUUGUGCGCUGCUUUUGCAGCUGUCUGUGCCAAUCCCAUCUUGACCACUGCCAUCCUUAACACAGGUGUCAGCACCAGUGCAAGGUCACAAGAUGGUCUUGGCAAUUACGCUUUCAAUUAUGGCAUUGGAGAUGGUUUGGGUGCCACUAACGCCAGAGCUGAAAUCGGAGAUGCCGCCGGAAACAAGCAAGGAAGCUACACCAUCACUGACAUUGAUGGCCGAGCCCGAAGAGUUGAUUACGUCGCCGAUGCUGCAGGUUUCAGAGCUUCCGUCAAGACCAACGAACCUGGAACCGCCCUUAGCGCCCCAGCUUCCGCUGCUAUUGCCAGUCCCUAUGCUCCACCAGUCGCCCCAGUAGCACCAGCUGUUGCUGCCCCUGUUGUUGCAGCUGCCCCAGCACUGGCUGCUGCUCCUCUUCUUGCCGCCCCAGGCAUCUCUUCCUACAGCACCGUUAUUGGACAUGGAGCUACCCUCGGCCUCCCUCUUGGCGCUGGACUACUGGCUCCUGGAAUCGCCAAGACCAUCGUCUGGUAAACUAAGAAGCUUCUAAUCUUGGACAAAAAGCCUAAACAUGGAAACGGACCAAAGGAAAACCAAAUUUACGCAACAGGUGUGGUGUUAGUUGUGUUGUGAUUUCGGAUAAUAUGUGAUAAGUCUUUUGAGCUUAGUCUUUCAUGUAAAUAGCAAUAAGACAAAUAAAAAAU